AUGGCGACAUCACGAGUUUUCACAGCAUCCUCGAUGCUCUCUCGGUUUGUUUCUCCUCGCUAUACAGCCUUCCAAACCGCCUCUAGUCCUAUGCUUCGAUAUAUCUCCAACUCGCUACAUCCUGUUGCGACCCUAUCAAUACCAGCAAUAUCGUUAAAUGUUCCAGGUCUGUUAAAAGAUAUCUGGGAAGGAGUACUUCGAGCAGUGCCAAAGAAGAAAACUUCUCACAUGAAAAGGCGGCAUCGACAGCUAGCUGGCAAGGCAUUAAAAGAUGUCAAGAGCAUAAAUUCGUGUCCUGCUUGUGGUGAACCAAAGCUAUUACACCACCUAUGUCCAAACUGUGUCGCGGAGAUACGUAAAGAAUGGGGAGAAGCGGAACGACGGGCAGAAAGACAGACAGGAGAGCAAGCAGAGGAGCAGACAGAAAAGCAGGCAGAGGAGCAGGCAGAAAGACUGUCGAAGCAAUAUCUCACUACCCACAUUAUCGACAAUGCUCACCCGAUCGACAUCUACACACUCGCCGUGACUCCCAGUCAAAUCCUCUCCGCCUCCGGCUCCUCCAGCAUCAAAAUUCACUCGACCACAACUUCCGAUUUCCCCAUCGCGCAAGUCCUAAAAGAUGUCCAUCCACUCGGCUGUCACCACCUCGCUACAAGUCAUGAUGGUUCUAAAGCGAUAAGUGUUGGAUUUAGUGGGGAGGCGAAGGUGUGGAGGUACGGAGAAGGGAUGUGGGUUGAGGACGGGGAACUGGGAGGACUGAGUGGAGACGACGGUGAAGGGGAGAAGAAAAAGAACGGGAAGAAGACGAAGCUGAAGGUGGGCGAAAUGUGGGCAGUGGCUUUGAGUGAAGAGGGGAGAUACGUUGCAGCGACAAGCUAUGAUGGGAGGAUUGGUGUCUGGGAUCUGCUCACCGAGCAGAGGAGGAAGAUUCGGCAGUAUGAGACUAAGGGUAGUUUUGGGCUGUGCGUCGACAUGUCCGCCGAUGGAAGGUUUACUGCCUGUGGGCAUGAAAGUGGGAAUGUCUACAUCUUCAGCAAUGACACGGGCCGCUUGUUGCAUUCGCUGCCUGGACUCGUCAAGCCCGUACGAGCAGUGGCUUUUUCACCAGGAGGGAAGCUUCUAGCUGCUGCAGGUGACGCGAGGCUAAUCGGCCUCUACGAUAUCAACUCAGGCGAGCAAGUGGCCAAUCUGACAGGACAUGGAUCGUGGAUCACCUCGAUUGACUGGAGUCAUACAGGGGAGUACCUGCUCAGUGGAUCUCUGGAUGGCAAGGUCAAGGUCUGGACGGUCGACCAGAAGAUGUGCGUCGCCACACACUCAGAGACGGAUAAGGGGCUUUGGAGUGUCAAAUGGCUUCCAAAGGUAGGGAGGAAUGAAGGAUUCGCAACGGCCGGCUCUAACUGCAGCAUUGCGUUCUAUCGCGAGGCGAGUGGAGGAUGA